UCGACCAAACCAACAGGAAAGUUAGCUUAGCGUGAACGUGGAAAAAGUUUCAAAAUUCAGAUUAUCCGCUUGAGUUUUAGUCAUCAACGUUAGGUGAACCACAACAUUAAUGUCGUGUGAACUGAAGACAAGUAAAUGACAUUCUGUCAACGGUAGAGAGAGAGAGAUUCCGUCAACGUGCCUCCGGGUCCGUGUUUUAGCGAGGUUGACUUAGCUAACCAGAACAACUUGUUCUUGUUCGGCUUAACCAUGGACGCGGUUGUGAAAUUCACAAACCAAAGUCAAGGAAGGGACCGUAUAUUCAGGGCAACCCAGUAUGCGUGUGCACUGUCGGUAUAUUUACUUCGAAAGAACUCCGACAGAAAGGAGCUUGUGGCAAAACUUAAAAGCCUUGAAGGCACCAUGAGCGCUGGACGAAAAUUGUUCAGGCUUGGAAACACAAUAAAUUCCAUUGAGGCUGCUAAGCGAACCAUGCAACUCUCUGACCGAGUGCUGUGCCUGUGCCUUACCACAGCCAACAUCAACCGCGGCCUCUACUUUAUCUGUGACAAUAUUCUUUGGGCCAGAAGUGUCGGCCUUAUCCGCGAUAUCGACAAGGAACGCUGGAGCCUAAACGCCUCCCGCUGCUACUUCUUCUCGCUCGUUAUGAAUCUGACCAGAGAUGUGUAUGUAAUCCUCCAGCUAAUGGCACAGAGAGUAAGAGAUAAACACUUUAGACAGAAAAUGGAUCAGCAUCUCAGAGAGAAUCCUGAAGUGGCUGACGUCAUCAUCCCUCAGCUGGAUGCUUUUCUCUUUCUGCUUUUCGAGAGCCUAAAGUCACAUCCGGCUGUCGCCUUGGACAUGCUGAAAAAUGUAUGUGAUCUCUUCAUUCCUUUAGACAGGUUGGGUAUAUAUCAGUCAAAUGCAGGAGUGGUGGGAUUCUGCGGUCUGAUAUCCUCACUGAUUGGGAUUGUAACCCUGGUGCAGCCCAAGUUAAGAAUCAAACCGUGAUAACGAGGGUGGAGAUAAAACUGAGAGACUAACAGCAGAUAAAAAAGGUCUAUCAUGACAGGUUGUGGUUGUUGUUUUUAUAGUGUCAUCUAGCUGGAGCUGUAAUGGUGGACUAAGGUCAACCUGGUGCACAAUGAGAUUAGGCAACACAUCACAGGCACAUUUUUUAACAUUUGUAUUGGAAUAGCAUGUAUGUUAUACACCAAACUCAAGCCAGCAAUAACUGAAAGGCUUGCAGGUGUCUGGAUUGACUGGAUUUGAUUGUUUUGUUCAAAAAAUCUGAUUGAACUGAUUACAUCAUACUUGAAACUUGAAGUAGAGAAAACACUGACUGGGGACCAGUUUAAGUUUGAAGCCCUGGUUUCAAAGGGAGCAAAUAAAGUUUAUAUAAUAGCCUAUUAUAUUUUUUCAACCUCAUCAGAGCCGAUGCCAAACCUGUGUGCAUUCCUGUCCUCUUCAACAUCACGCACACUCGCCGGCCAAUUCAUUAGGUACGCCUGUACAACGUAAUCCAAUCCAGCUCUGCCAUGAAUUGUGCUUGUGUGAUGCUCAUGAUCGUUCAGCUUUUGUUGACAAUGUCAGAAUAAUUCAGGUAAUAAUUCUACUUCAUGUUUAUUAUUGAGGUCAUAGUGGAUGGUGGUGGUGUACUGCAGGGCAUUAUAUUGACAAGUGUUUCUAAUAUUCUGCCCCUCUCAUUUAUGUAUAAAUGGGGUGGCCAGAAUAUUAGAAACGCCUCUCAAUAGAAACACCUCUGCAAUCUACAACCUCUCUCACAGUGUCAAUCAAAACUAGACAUGAUUAGCUUUGUGAUGGCAACAUUUGUGACAGAGCUAUUGUGACGGAUCACAUUAGAUUGUACAAGUAUAACUCAUGAAGUGCUGGGUGAGUGUAUAACACCAGCAGUGUCACAAGUCAUGUACUUGCAGGAUAAGGGCUCUUUCCUGAUGCAAGUUUAUGCAUCUGCUUUUGCACCUAUCUUUUUUUUUUAAGUAAGACCAUAAUCUGAGCCCACUGCCGUUCUCUGCCUGCAUUUUUGUGAUACAAAUGCUGCUAAAAGUUUUACCUCCAUGAUUCAUGUGAUGAAUAAGCUGCUUCUCAGCCAAACGUGCUUCCAGAUGGGAAAAGAAAAGAGAUUUCAGGAGAUUUCCUCACCUGUUAUUUACUAAUCAAUCUGCCAUUUGAGACAUGGCCUAGACUUUAACUGUCAUCAGAUUGUACUGUAUGUUAAUUUAAAGAAAAGUGUAAAGAAACAUCUGAGCACACAACCUCCCUUAAAUCAUGUUUCUAUUUUAAUAAAGACAACGUAGAUGUGUUUACAAUUAAAUCCUCAAUAUUCUGUUUAGGAUUUGUAUGUUUGUAUGUUUUCUAUCUUUGUAGCACCAAACAAACAAGGAACCUCCAACUUCUCCUAGUAAAUAGUGAGAGCUUAAGUUUUAAAGCUGCAGGUGCACAUGGUAUUUAUUACGUUUUGGUGUCAUUCAGAUCUCAUGACUAAAUGUGUUCACUCUCACGUUUGAUUGAAAAGUUAAUGAAACUAAAAACUAAACAUAUUGAUUUAAACUUGUGGUUUUAAAAAGAUACAUGUUUGUAUUUUAAUGAUUAAUAGUCAUUAACUGAGUGGUGAUCCGUGGAAAACUUUGGACAAGUUUAGAAAUGGAGUAACACUGCCCUCUUGGGGAAACAUGACACUUUGCUGAAUUGAAAAGAGCUUUAUUUUUAAUUAUACUGAGACAACAAUACACGUUUUUUUUCUGAAAGCUUUUCUGAAGAGGGAUGGCGUUGUGACAAAGCAUCCAUUUAAAAAUUGCAAAAAUAUAUUCCAUUUCCCUUUCACCACUUUGAAUUUUGCUGUGAAAAAAAAUGAACCUAACUAUGCAAAGAUGAAUCCCAUAAAAGGACAAACACAUAGAAAGCAAUAAAUAAAGAAAUUUGUUCUCCUAGGUAGAUCAGUUGAAGUCAUUUCAAACCGGCAAAAUGUUUGACUUCACAUUGUUUUUCCACUACCAACCAACCAAUUAAAUGCACCUGCAUGUAAUUUCUAGAAAUAGUUGGCUGGGCUGGAAUUGGAAACUAAAACAAAAUCCAGGCUAUUCUUUUGAAUAUCCUUGAAUGCAAAAGCUAACAUUAGAUGCACUUUAAUCUGUGUCCUUGAAAACCUCUCAUUUUUGAAAUGUCAAGUUUUCAUGUGUGGUGAAAAUUGUAAUUUUAACUAUGAUAUCAAGUCAGAGCCAAUACACUGAAUACACUUUACAAGGCGUCUGAUAUCAACUCAAUCUAAAAACGAUGAACUCGGCACUUUGAAAACAGUGUGAAACUACAGAUGUGUGAAUACUGCUGGCGCACGUUUUCUUUUUUUCCAGAAUACCAAUGAUAGUUAGAUGCAGAGUGAAUCUGCUCUGAGUGAAAAGGCACCUUCAGUAGUUAGGUCCUGCAACAGUAAAAAAAAAACAAAAAACAUCACAGUUAGCACUUGAGAAGGCCUUUUGUCACCCAUGAUGCAAUUUGUUUGAUCACAUGUUUAUUGUACAAUUGACCAAUACUACUUAAGUGGGAAGCCCUUAACUUGAAUUAGUUCUCUAAAUUGUUAUUAAUUUUAAGGUCUCGUGGUCUAAGUGGUGUUGUGUAGACGUGUUCCUUCCUGCCAUUAUUAAAAAAUGUUUCAGUACCUUUCUGUUAUGAAUGAAAAAAUGUGUGAAACACAAAUAAAUCAUGUUGUUU